GUCAGCAAGAUGUGGAGCAUGUACAAAGGCGAAUAUUCCUUCCUGCCCGCCCCAUAAAACUCGCCGCUCGAAAGCAUUCAAGCGAGUGGCAGCUCGCAUAUUGUCAUCUAAUCAAGCAGACGCACACCUAUUUAGACCGGUCGAUUCGGUGACUUUCGGAAAUGAUCCCAGUGCUGCAAAAAGCCAGCUAAGUCGGAUUCAAGAUGGCCAGACCACGACUCAGCAUAUCGCUAUGGAUUUGAGUCUCGACCUUUAUGGCGCUCAUACAACUUUGCAUUCAAGUCCCGCCAGCUAUCCUGCGUCUUCCGACUGUAUAUAUGCAGCUCAGCGCGAUGAUCUGGACUCGUACAUUUCUCUUUCGCCGAUGAAUAUCGAUCUCGCCGGUUUUCAGGCUAGGGAUCCGACUAUUAAUAGUAGCUUCGAGUUCCCGACGUUUGUCCCAGCCUUUUUGCCUUCUCUGUGAAUAUGUACACCUAAUAUCCUUAACGAGCC